AUGUCAGAUGACCAUCUUGUUAGAAGGCCAUCGAGACUGACAUAUCUUAGCUCCAACAACCAGCGACUGGACAUACGAGCCCACCAGCGCACCUACCAGGGUGCCUACAUGAGAUCAUGUCUAGGAGCAUUAUCCUUCUCAGUUCUCAUUCUAAAGAUUUUCUCGAAAGAAUUUCUGAGCAUAGGAAUGGUCUAUACUAUCUAUGGGAUGUUGUUUCUGGUGGUGAGCUAUCUACGACAACAGAACAUUGAUCUGUAUAUCAUGUCUCCCGAGACCCACAAGUAUUGGAAGGAGGACUCGGUAACUCCCCACGUUGGUGAGGUACAAGACGAAUAUGAUGGAUAUGACGAAGACGAGCAAACGUUCUUUAAGACUAGUGGAAAUUUGGUUCUUGCAAUGACUUUAGUGAGUGGGGGGUGUUAUGUGUCGCUAUUUGCGUUGCUUGCAAGGCUGUGA